AGAAAAGAAUUUAAAAAAAUAUAUGUUCUUUGGUCUGUGGUUAAAAAUAUUUAAAACUAUUGUGUUUAUUAGUGUUUUGUGGUGAAAACAAUUUGUUAAUCUAAAAUUUUACCUUUAUUUCUUUUCUAUUCACUACAAUGUCUUCCGACGAUUCUGAUGACGAACCACUAUCAAUUUUAGCUGCGACCAAAAGGUUGAAUACGGAAAAGUUUGAGAUAAAAAAAGUGAAAUCAAAUGAUGCUGAUUCGAAAAAGAAAAAGAAAAAGGCAAUAAAUAGAAAUAGUCUGUCACUAACUAUAAAAUUAGGACAGAAUGAUAAUGAGAACAAAGUUAUAGAACGGCCCUCUGAUGUUUGGUUGUAUAUGAAAGAUUUGAAUAUUUCUGGACCAUAUAGUUGCUUGUUGUGCACUGGAUGGUUCAUAAACAGGACCAAAAUGAUAGUUCAUUACAUCACAAACCAUAAAAAAGAUUUCUGUGGCAUUUGCAGGUAUUUUGUAGCAGAUAGAGAAGCGUGGGCAAACCACUUGACAUUUCAUAUACCAUGGUCUUGCUCUCAAUGUACUGAAAGUUUUCAAACAGAAAUAGAAAUGAGACAUCAUUUGAGCGCUAUACACAAUCUUGUACAUUGUCGCUUAUGUCACUUCAGAGUGUCUGACGAUGAUCAGUACAAUGCCCAUCUGUUCCAGAAGCAUAAUGUCACCAAUAUAUGCAGUAAGACAGAAGAUAUCCUUUGGGAACAUGAGUAUGAUGGGAGCCCCAAAUUUUUCUGCAUUUUAUGUUCCAAACCGAACAAUUUGUCAAUUAACUUCUUCAAUCAUUAUAUGGGCUAUCACCGUUUUACUCUGAAAUGUUUUUCGAGUAUAAUAUCAGGAAGAGACAUUCCAUUUUCAGUGGAUGGUGCAGAUGUAAGCUCACAGUUUGUUGAUGGUGAGCUAAACCAAAUGCGGUAUGGUUACAUGGACUUAGAUAAGAAAAGUCAAGAAAGUUUUGAUACUGAUGGUGGUGAUAGUAAUAACAUGAUAAAUGCCCUCAUACCAGAAAUAAAACAGGAAAUUACUAGUGAAAAUGAAGAACCAAAGACAGAAAAAAAUGAGCCUGAACAAAAAGAGAAUGAUGAUCUAUCAGAAACAUAUUUGGGAGAUGAGGACUUCGAUAUAACAUCCAUGGAGCUAAUAGUAUUACAGAAAAGCUACUUCGACUAUAUUGAUCAGAUCAUAAAUCAGAUUAAUGGUAAAGUGUUCCCAGAAGAAUCAACCAUUGAUUAUGAAAAUGAAAAAUCAGAAACAACAAUGAAAAUUUUUUGUAGUUUAUGUAAAACUAACAUUGACACAGUUCAAGCCUACACUAUACAUAUGAGGAAGAUGCAUUUGGUGAAAACAGAACCAAUGUUUACAUGUAGAGUAUGUGCCACUACAUUUAAUACUUAUAACGAGCUGGAAAGUCACGCUUAUGAGGAACUGAAGGAGUUUGAUGACCUAUGGAUCUGUCAAUUUUGUGAAAAAGAGUUUGAUAAUAGAGAAGAGACGAGACGUCAUUUAAAUGAACAUUGGGAUGUUUUAGAAUAUGAUAACUGUUUUAGCCCCCAUUUAGGUUUUAAAUGUAAAUAUUGCCCAACAUUGUUUUGGAAUGAAACUGAUAGAAGGACACAUGAAAUCAGAGUUCAUUCUAGUCAACAUAAAGAAGAUUGUUACAAAUGUGAAAGCUGUUCUGAGGUGUUUAGUGACAAUGUGUGGUUUAUUCACCACUAUAUAGAAAGACAUCAAGGUGAAAAUGACAAUACAAAAUAUAUCUUUAAAUGCUGCCUCUGCAGUUUGGUCAUACCCACAGUUGAAGACAUGAGGAAUCAUUUUACUGCACAUCAUCCGGAAGCAAGAAAGAUUUUCUGUUCAUUGGGAUCUUGUAACUAUCGGCCAUUUAGUCAUAGGAAGUCUUUUAAAAUCCACGUGAGGUCUGUACACAAUCGUGAGUCGAUGCAGCAGGAGCGCAGCAGCACCUGCAUAAUAUGUGGACGUGACUUCGCGACCGCUCGCGCUUGCAGCACCCACAUGACGCAGGUCCACGGCCCUGGCAAAUUCAAGUGUAAACUAUGUCGGGAAGUUAUGUACACCAGUGAUGAGAGAAAACUCCACUACUUGAUUCGACACCCAGGACGGCACCCGUUCUCUUGCACGGAAUGCGGCAAAUCAUUCCAGCAUAAAUCUUCACUGUACAUGCACAAGCAAGAACACAGGCCCAACCAACAGAGCUACACUUGCAACUACUGCGGAAAGACUUUUAUGAAGAAGGACUCUUUUCGUGAACACAUACAAAUCCACGAGGGUCCGCGUCACGCGUGCUCGUACUGUCCGAAACGUUUCGUGCAACGUUCCAACAUGUUGCGACACGAGCGCAGGCACACCGGCGAACGUCCGUACGGGUGUCCACAUUGCCCCCGCACUUUCUCCGAUAAGGGCGCUUGUACGGCACACUCGAGGACCCAUACCAAAGACAGGUCUUACGCCUGCCUUUACUGCGGCCAGACAUUCGUCCAGAAAUCGAAACUAACGUACCACAUACGAAAGCAUACGGGUGAAAAUUUAGAGACGUGUUCCGUGUGCUCGAAGUUGUUCACUAGCGCAUGCUCUUUGCGUGAACACAUGAAGACUCACGUAGUAAAAAAGGAUACUGUUCCGUGUCCACUGUGCGGGCGCAAGUAUCAAGAUGAAAGGUAUAUGAUGCGCCACCUGCGAACAGUACACGCGGGCACGCGGUACAACUGUCCGCUGUGUCGGAAGUCUCUUACCUCCGCAGCCGGACUUCGUCAUCACGUCAUUACACACAGCGACAUUAAUAUGUUCCGGUGCAAACUAUGCCCUAAAUCGUAUGCCGUAAAACGCACUUUAGUGAAACACCUGCGCAGGCGUCACUAUUUGAAAGGAGUCAACUCAGUAUUGAAGGACUUUGUACAAAUAUUAGACCCGCGCGAUUGUAACUUGGGUCUAGACGAUGACGUCAUGAACGACAUAUUCGGCCCGCCGAAGAAGAAAUCUAGCGACGUUUUGUUGGCGAACUUCGUGACAUUACAAAAACUAGCGGAAGAAAAUAAGAAAAAUGGUGCCGUUGACCGUGACGGUGAAGGUGAUGAGACCGAUGACGGCGAUGAGAGGGAUGAUGAGACCGAAGAUGAGAAGGGUGAAGAGACAACUGAUCAUUUUGUGGUGGAAUUGGAGCCUACUGAUUUUGUUAGUGUUAAAAUCGAGCCAAUGGACGCUGAAGACGACGAAGUCGAUUGA